AUUUUAAUUAAAUGCCCCACCACCCAUUUAGGACCAAUUCUUUUGGAUUGGUUCAAUUUGAAGAAUCGGAGACUUGCUCGAUCGGCGGCAGGUGAUCAUGAACUUCGCUGGCGACAAUUCUCUGUGAUUAGAAUCUGCCCUCAAUAAUAUAUAAUUCAUGAAGGAGAAGGAUCUUCAUCGAGGAAGAGGAAAAGGAGGAGCAUUCAACUGAAGAAGAAACCGACUCCCAAGCAUGACGAGCAAAAUCCACUAAUCCCAAAACACACACCCUCCGGGGGGGCCUUCAGCUCCAAUGUACGUGAAGAUGAACAAGAGAGUCCAAGAAAGUUUAGGAUGAAGCCAAGAAUGGACAUUGGAGACUUUAAUUCCCCAGUGGGACUGGCAAAUGCUAUGGAGGAGAAGGCUGGCCUACCCACUUCUCCAGCUGCAGGAAACACUAUUACUGAUAAUCCACCCAUUGAUGUUGCCUUCAAGAGGCCUCUGUUUGAGGAUGUACUCUCGCAAUUUAUAUUCACCGGUAGCAGCCAUCCCAAUGGGCAAGACAAGAAUCUUUUCAAGUCACAGGUUCUCCGUCCUUGCACUGAAAGGACUGCAAUUAGAGAAAACAGGGACAUGGAGGACAAUAGGCAGAAGAGAGCAGAGUCUCUCAUUGUUGCUAAGCAGAAGAUCUAUACAUCCAUUUCUCCUGACAAUGAUCAAACUGCAGCAAAUGCAGUUGGGAAUGCAACUUUCAUUUCACAAAGCAUUUAUGAAAAGCCGGAAAGGGGUAAGGAAAAAGUGAAUGCGAAAACAGGUGAAAAGGUCUCAUCCAAGAAAACAAGAAAAGAUAUGAGGGGUCAGAAGAAUUGUCGUCGACAAGUUGUGGUUUCUGGUUACUUCAAUACUUCUAAAGGGGAAGUAAGAAAAGAUAUGAGGGGUCAGAAGAAUUGUCGUCGACAAGUUGUGGUUUCUGGUUACUUCAAUACUUCUAAAGGUGAAGUAAUAGCGCCAUGUCAAGAGAAUAACAUAAAAAGCAAACAGUCCAAACAAAGAAUGGAGUGUUGUCCCAAAAAAUUAAGGGUUUCCCCCUACUUUCACAGGGAAUCACUUGAGGAAGGCAAUGCAGUUUCUGACUCUUUGGAAGGUGGCAUUGAGUACGUUGUAUUGCCAACAAGGGCCCAAAGAGAAGCAUUAGUUAGGCCUGUACUUUCUGCUCACCAGAGGCUAGAUGAGGCUUAUAAAAGAAGAACACCAGAUAACACAUGGAAGCCACCACGCUCUGAUUUCAAUCUCCUCCAAGAGGAUCAUGCCUAUGAUCCUUGGAGGGUCUUGGUGAUAUGUAUGCUUCUUAAUCGGACAACGGGUCUGCAGGUAUGUAUGCUCAGUCCUUGGAGGGUCUUGGUGAUAUGUAUGCUUCUUAAUCGGACAACUGGUCUGCAGGCCAGAAAAGUUAUAUCUGAGCUCUUCAGUUUAUGCCCAAAUGCAAAGGCUGCUACAGAGGUUGCUCCUGAGGAGAUAGAAAAAGUCAUAAAAACCUUAGGUUUACAGAAAAAGAGGUCUGUAAUGAUUCAACAGUUCUCUCAGGAAUAUUUGGGUCAAAGCUGGACUCAUGUGACUCAACUGCAUGGUGUUGGCAAGUAUGCAGCGGAUGGGUAUGCAAUAUUCUGUACCGGGAAGUGGGAGCGCGUGAGGCCAACAGAUCACAUGCUAAACAAAUAUUGGGAAUUUCUGUGCAGUAACAAACACAGAUUAGACAGCCUAAGUUAGCCCGGUCAUGAUUAAUGUUAAUGUUUGUCCAAGACAGACUGAUGAUGUACAUUCAUCCAUCUCUUCUAUCUGAUGAUUUAUGCAGGGCCAGGAGUCUUGUAGUUCCAACCCUUCGUUUUGGUUGCUCAUUUUGUAAUUCACUUACUCACUCACUCACUCCUGGUAAACCUCACCUUGUUUUGUCAGGUCUGGUCUACUAGGAAUCGUUAACUAGGUAUCUUCUGUAAAAAAACAGAAAAGUAGUAGUAGUUAAGAGAAAGUAGUAGGAGAAGCAUGGAAGAGGUCUUGUUUUUGCAUUUGGUUCUUAAUUGAAGUGAAUAUGUGCUACCAAGAUAUGUGUAUAUAUAUGCUUAUUAGCGUGUUGCUUCCUUAUGUA